CCACCCAGCUGCCAGCCAGAGGCAGGGCUGCACUCCACUCCUGAGGCGCAGGCGCUUGUCUUCCAAAUCGUCGCCGCCGGUGUCCGAUCCUCCUUGCCCGUCUCUCCGGCGGCCCCCGACCUAGCCGUCGAGGGACCGGAUUGAUUUUGUUUGGGGGCGGACAGGGAUAGCCUAGGACCUGAAUCGUCGGAAAUGGAGGCCUCGCCGCGUCGCCGCAGGCUCCGUUCGUCGCUUCGCCGCAGGCGCCGUUCGCCGUCGCCGGACGCGGAGGUGGCGUCGGGGUGGCUGGACUCCCUCCCGCCUGAGCUGCGCAACGAGAUCCUCUCCCGCCUACCCCUCCGCUGCGCCGUCCGCACCGCCGCGCUCGCCCGGGCCUGGCGCCGCCGCUGGGAGUCCGUCCCCUCCCUCCGCAUCAAAUGGCCCGCCGGCGCGGACCCCGACGCCAUCACCGGCGUCCUCCGACGCUACUCCUGCCCCGUCCGCGAGUUCUGCCCCUCGCACAUCGGCGAGGCGUCUUUCCGCCACUCCGACCGCUGGCUCCGCCUCCUGGCGCUCAGGGGAGUCCAAACCCUCAGCCUUGAUUUCGAGAGGUCGGAUGAGGAGUCGGCCCAUACGCUGCACCCCUCCAUCUUCUCGUGCCGUGGGCUCACGGUCCUGAGACUCCGUGGUUGCGACAUCCCAACCAUGCCCCCAGGCUUUGCAGGGUUCCUAACCCUAACAAAGCUGAGCCUGUUCAAUGUAGGCUUUCCAGAUGGCCCGAGGGAGUUGGAAGCCUUGAUUGCUGCAUCCCCUUUGCUUGAAGAACUGUGGCUUCUGUUCAUACAGGUUCCUGAUAACAAUGGCGAGUACCUUCAAUGGGAAAUUCAGGCGCCCAAACUCCGAUACUUGUUCAUUGAUCAACUUCUUGAUUAUGGCUGGGAAAUCAGUGAUCUUCCAUCCCUUGAGGAAGCAGACAUUAAUGUUGCAAUGUACAAUACUCAUCGUGAUUUCGUCAAGCUUAUGACAGGACUGGGUAGCACCAAGAAGCUCAAAUUCGCUAUACCGCCUGAAGAUGUUAAUGUUGUAGAGGGACUCUCAUGCCAAUUCAAUAACCUGAAGAGUUUGUCACUGCAAACAAGUUUGCACUUAUUUUCUGGUGCUCUAUCCUUAUUUUGUCUGCUCAGGAAUGCUCCUAACCUUGAAGUUUUGGACAUUGAGCUGUAUGAUCUCUACUCUGUGGAGGAAGAUGGUGAAGUAGAUAGUGACUUUCUGAAUGCACAAUGGACUGACGAUUUGUUCUCCAACCUCAUACGCGUUGGUGUGACCCAUCUGAUGUGCAGGUUAAGUGAGAUGUGUUUUAUUAAGUUUAUUUUGUCCAAGGCAAGACGACUUCGAGAAUUCCAUGUGUGUCUGGAUGAAGGCUGUCCAAAAUCCAACGAAGAUGCAGUUACAGAGUUUGUAAAAUAUAGGAGAGCUUCUCCAAGAGCCAAGGUUUUCUUCAGCCGCGCGGAGUAUGACUGACUCCUGUAAAAGAGUACAUUAGGUUUGGAUGUUUGGUCCUAACUCUUGGGAAGUUUGAAGUUUAGAAUAUCUGCUUUGUAUGAUGUAGAAUGACACUUUUUUAUCAAAUAUGUUGUAAAAUGACAUGAAUGAAGCGAAUGCAUGCCUUUUUCUUUCUUUUCUUUUUA